GGUGGGCGGAGAAUAGUGAGUGUGUGGGUGAGACCUUUAAUAAGGUGAGUGGCCCAGUUUGUAGAAAGAGAAAGUAAGCGGAGCAGCAGGGAGAGCAAGACAGACUUGGGAGAAGACAGCAGGAGGGAGAGAGAGAGAGAACGCACAAGUAAGGAGGGGGAAGUCUGAGGAGUGAUAAGACAGCGGCAGAGAGGAAAUGACUGCUCAGUUUCUUCUUCUUCACUGAGGGCCACUGACAACUCGUCGGGCUGACAGCGGUGUGGUGUUGGGGGUGGACUGUCUGGACGCCACUGGGGCUGACUGAGAGAGCAUGGAGGCCACCGAGGGGCCCAAGCGCUACGUGUCGACGGUGCGAGUGCAGCUGUCACCUCGUCCCAGGACCACCGUCACCACCUCCAGCAAGCUGAUCACCACCAGCUCACAUCACACAACUCUGCACUCGGCAACACACACAUGGGAGAAAAAUGGAAAAUUUGAGCGUACAGAGAAGACAAGCUGGACAACAAGCAAGUUGUCGUCUUCCCCAACUGUGUUUCCCCCGACCCGUGGGCCUCUGGAGAGAGCAGGCCACAGGCUCCAGUCACAGGCCACAGCCAACCACCAUGGUGACGGUGUCUCAUCGCCGGUAGAACCCCCAUCACCUGUCCAGAGUCCCCAGACACCAGACACCCCUACUCGCCGCAAAGGUGUCCUGAAGAGCAGGUCAAGCUCAGGAACAGCUCCUCCACUGCUCUUCUUGACCCCCUCCUCUGUGGUGGAGGUCCAUGUGGGUGCAGAGGCCCGGCUGACAGCAGAGUUCAGUGGCAGCUCCCCCAUCGCAUCCUGCUGGUUACACAACAAAGAGGAGGUGACAGACAGGCCUGGGUACCGGGUGGAGAGCAGUGACAGCCACAGCACUCUGCUGAUCUCCUCAGCCAGGCUAGAAGACGCCGGCCUGUACUGCAUACUGCUGCGAGACCGCAAGACCUCCGCUCAGCAGACACUCACACUGUCCGUAACUGACAGGCCCCAUCCUCCAGUGUGCUGCCCCGUGGUGUCCUUCUCUCCUCACGGCCCCGUGCUCUCCUGGUCAGGCCCCAGCUACGACGGUGGCAGCGCCGUCACAGGCUAUGUGGUAGAGAUCCAGGAGCUGGGAACAGGGAAGACAGGGGUGUGGCGCGAACUCACUAGCCAGUGUAAGAGCACCUCUCUCAGGCUACACUCAGACGACGUCCAGGCGCGAGGGCAGUACCGGUUCCGGGUGCGCGUCUGCAACGCAGUGGGAGUCAGCGAACCGAGCGAGGAGUCAGAGGUGUUUGAGAUGGAGGCUGAAGAGGACCAACAGGAGGAGAUUCCUCAGUAUGUGGAUGUCACGAUCGACACCAGCCAUAAGGUCACGGACCACUACAAUGUCUUAGAAAAACUUGGAUCGGGGAAGUUUGGCCAGGUGUUCCGCCUUAAGCACAAGGAAACGGCUCAUGUGUACGCCGGCAAGUUCUACAAGGGCCGCCGGGAGAAGGAGAGGCAGGAGGCCAGGAAGGAGAUUGAGCUCAUGAACCACCUCCAUCACCCAAAACUGGUGCAGUGUGUGGCGGCCUACGACAUCAAGCCUGAGAUCGUCAUGGUGAUGGAAUUCAUAGCGGGUGGGGAGCUGUUUGAGCGCAUCGUGGACGACAGUUACGAGCACACGGAGGUCACCAGUUCCAGCUACAUGCGGCAGGUCCUGGAAGGGGUGGGCUUCAUGCAUCAGCAGAGCAUCGUCCAUCUGGACCUCAAGCCCGAGAACAUCGUCUGCGUGGACCAGAGCGGAACCCGCAUCAAGAUCAUCGACUUUGGACUGGCGGCAAAGCUAGACCCCUCCACACCCCUGACUGUGAUGCACGGCACCCCUGAGUUUGUGGCUCCGGAGGUGAUCAACUACGAGCCAGUCAACCUGGCCACAGACAUGUGGAGCAUCGGAGUCAUAUGCUACAUUCUUCUGAGUGGGGAGUCUCCAUUCCAGGGCAGCAGUGAUGCUGAGACGUUGGCUCUGGUCACGGCAGCUAAGUGGGAGUUUGACGAGGAGAGCUUCGAGGACAUCAGCUCAGAGGCACAAGAAUUCAUCAGCUCCCUGCUCAACAAGAACACAAGGCGCAGGAUGUCGUGUAAGGAGGCCUUGGCCCAUCCCUGGCUGGUCUCCGCUGGAGCAGGAGCUGCUAAGUGCCUCUCCAAAGACAAGAUGAAGAAGUUCCUGGCCAGACAGAAAUGGAGGAAAACUGGAAAAGCUCUCUUGGCUCUGAAGAGGAUGGCGUUGAAACCCAGAGAAAGUACGGUGUCCUCAUCUAGCCCUGUAGAAGAGUCCCCUGAGGUGUUGGAGUCUUUGGAGAAGAAGCUGCAGUCAGCUCCACAGUUCAGUGAAGCGCCCUCAGACCUCACCGUGAAGACUGGAACCACGGCCGUCAUCACCUGUAAAAUCACAGGCUACCCGGACCCAGAGGUGGAGUGGCUGAAGGGGGAUGAGGAGCUGGAGGACGAGGCCUCCGGGGUGACCAUAGUCUACGAGGAGGACGGCACCUGCAGCCUCACCCUGGAGACGGUGCGGGCCAGAGACUCGGGCGUGUACACCUGCAGAGCCGUCAACGACCAGGGGGAGGCAGCGUGCCACGUCACGCUCACCGUCAAGACCUGAGCAUGGCAUGAGGAGGAUGAAGAUGUUCACCGUUUCCCAAUGUCAAGUGCUCUAGUCAAACGCCUAGUGAUUGGGUACUCCGCAGAGUUCACCAAAGAGUAUCCAAUCACUAGAACGCUUGACAUUAGGAAAUUGUCGUUGUUUACCUGUUGCACCUACACGUGUGUUAACUUCAACACAGACGCACCCACACACAUUUCCACAACACACACUGUCAGACAAGCAGACACAACACACACAAACCUACAAACACUCAACACACAAAGUAAAUAUGCACACAUAUGCAUGCAAGCAUACACACACACACACACACACACACACACACACACACACACACACACACACACACACACACACACACACACACACACACACACACACACACACACACACACUUUUGCAGUGCCUUGUAAUAAAGAUCCUGAUGGGGAGAGAAUGUGUGGUUUAAUUUUUCUCUUAAUAAAUAUUUGAUCUCAGUUCAUUCUGCAUGUUUAUUGUGCUUUCACUGGAUUUUUGCACAGAUAUACAAUAUAUAUAUAUAUAUAUAUCAGUUAUUGAAAUGGGAAAACAUAGCAUGAUUACUUAUUGACUUGGCCAUUCCUUGGGAACAUUUUGCACUUAUUAUGACUUAAUGUCAAUAUGUAGGCUAUUUAAAUGUCAAUCUUUACAUGUCUUAUCAUUUAAAUUUCUUUUCUCAAAAGAGUUCAUCUGUAUUUUCGA